AUUUAUUUUCUUCAAUUACACUGAAAGAACUGAGAUAUUGAAGUGGAUUCCAUCACGUACCAUUGGGCAAAAUGUCUGAUAAUGAUAAGGAUAAGGACUCAUCCGUCCGGGUUGCUGUUAGAAUCCGCCCCCAAAUACCCCGAGAAAUCAUCGACAUGUGUCGUGUUUGUACACAGGUGACACCGAAUGAGCCUCAAGUGCUUCUUGGCACAGACAAAGCCUUCACAUAUGAUUUUGUGUUCGACAUGGAUGCAACACAGGCCGAGAUAUACGACAAGUGUGUAGAAAAGCUAAUUGAAGGAGCACUCAGGGGUUACAAUGCAACAGUUUUGGCUUAUGGACAGACGGGGUCGGGGAAAACGUAUACGAUGGGUACGGGAUUCGAUAGGGAAAUCCUUGAACUACAGGAGGGUAUUAUACCGAGGGCUGUGAGACAUUUAUUCAGUGGCAUUGAGGAUGUACAGACACGUGGGGAGGAUAGUAGUGGUGUUGUUGUUGGGCCAGUUCAAUUUAGUGUUGCUGCACAAUUUAUGGAAUUGUACAAUGAAGAAAUUAUUGAUCUCCUUGAUCCCUACAAUAAGGGGAAAGUUUAUAAAAUUCAUGAAGAUCCAAGUGGUGGAAUUUCUGUUGCGGGUGCCACGAUAAAGCCCAUUUCAGGACCACAGGAUGCUCUUAGAUGUUUGCAGCAGGGUGCUUUAGCGAGAACAACAGCAUCAACCCAGAUGAAUGCUCAAUCAUCUCGAAGUCACGCACUGUUUACUAUCCUGAUUCGCCGGCAGCGCGUGAUGAGCGCCGAAGAGAGUGGCAUGCCUGAUGGUGAUUUGGAGACACUCACGUCAAAAUUUCACUUUGUCGAUUUGGCUGGGUCAGAGAGACUGAAGCGAACUGGGGCGACAGGUGAGAGAGCCCGUGAAGGUAUCUCAAUCAAUUGUGGUCUCCUAUCCCUGGGAAAUGUCAUCUCAGCUUUGGGUGAUAAGUCCAAAAAGGCAUCACACAUUCCCUACAGAGACUCCAAAUUGACACGAUUGCUUCAAGACUCUCUGGGAGGAAAUAGUCAAACGGUUAUGAUAGCUUGUGUUUCUCCGAGCGAUCGUGAUUUCAUGGAGACCCUCAACACCCUCAAAUACGCGAAUCGUGCGAGAAAUAUCAAGAAUCGCGUACAAAUCAAUCAAGAUCAGAGCUCGAGGACCAUUUCGCAGUUGCGCCGCGAAAUUGCGGCGCUUCAGCUGGAACUGCUGGAGUAUAAGCAGGGCAAGAGGAGUGUUGAUGCUGAGGGAAAUCCCGCAAUUUCGGAUACAUUCCACGAGAAUGCCAUGUUGCUGCAGGACAACAAGAGGCUCCAGCAGCGUCUCAAGGCUAUGCAGGAAUCUGUAAAUGCUCUGACUGAGAGGAAUGCCGAAUUGAUGUCGGAGAAGACAAUUGCUGGCUGGGGAUCUAUUGGGGAUUCGGAUAGGGCAAUGAGUGAAAUGGUUGCUGGGUAUUUGAAGGAGAUUGAAAAGUUAAAGGCGAAAUUGAUAGAGUCUGAUCAAAUGUGUCAACAAUUGACAAAGGCCACAAAUUCACCCAGGAACAUCAAUAAGAAUCUCUUCUACAACGAUAUCGAUGCUGAUGAUGUUCUAACUCUUGCCAAGAGGGAAAUUGAGAAGGAAAGGGAGUUACUGAUGUCCCGAUCACUACCCGGACUCGAUGAUACCAACAAUCAAAAUGUGGAGAAUGACUCUGAUAGUGAUUCUGACACGGAGUCCGAUGAUAAGACUGGUGAGAUGCAAGCUGAGCUCAAUGAUAUUAGUUCGGACAUUGAGUUGAAGACGAAACUUAUUGAGCAGCUGGAGUUGUCUCAAUUGCGAAUGCGUCGAAUGCAAGAGCACUAUGAGGAGAAGCUCAAUGUGCUGUCGGCAAAGAUUGCUGAUACUCAACGUGAGAGGGAUAAAGUGUUGGCUAAUAUGGGAUCUGGCCAUCCCAGUGGUCAGCAGAGUGAUAAAGUGCGAAAGGUAAAAGAUGAAUAUGAGAAGAAAUUGAGUGAGAUGCAGAGGGAAUUGAGGAAGCUGCAGGCAGCUCAGAAGGAACAUCGACGACAGCAGCGUGAGCUUCAGAUGCAAGAGGCACAAUUGAAGAGUCUCAGGAAUGAAUUGACUGAACUCAAGUCCAAUAAAAUCAAGCUGAUCCGACGGAUGAAUGAGGAAACGAAGCGUCACAAUGAGGAGGACAGCAGGAAGGCACGGGAAAUUGCUCAGUUACGAAAGGAGGCGAGAAAGCACCAAAACACAAUUAAGAGUCUUCAGGCUCAGGGAGCGGCUAAGGAUCAAGUACUGAAGCGCAAGACUGAGCAGGUGUCUGCCCUGAGGAGGGUUCAGAGGAUUCCACUGAGUGUCAAGGCUUCUGGCAGGGUAAAUGGACGGAAGCACUUGGAGGACUUUAGUGUGAGGCAGGCAAGAUUAAAGUGGGAAAGUCUCCAGAGGACUAUUUCUCGAGCUGCUCGGAGUCGUCAGGCUGUCGUAGAGCUCGAGAGGGAACUUGAGCGCCUUCUGCACGAUCGCGAGACUCUGUCCCAUGAUUUAACCAACAUCCGGAGGCGCCAGAAAGUGCUGCCAACGCCGGAAUUGGCCUCUGAAGAAGAUGAUAUCACAUCAAAUCUGAACUACAUUCAGGAGAAUAUUACACAGGUGCAACAUGCAAUAAUGGAGCUGGAGGAGGGCAAGGAGUCAGCUACUGAGGCUCUGUCCAUGCAGAAUAUCCUCGAGAGUGUUCGUUCGGUGGAGGAAGCAAAGUUCUUCAUGGAGCGUCUCUGUGGGGCUGCUAUUGCUCAAACGUGUGAUGUGGCCAUCACAGAGAUGCGCCUCAAGGAGCGGGAGGCAUUGUUGAAUGAAGUGCAGCAGGAUAGUAGUAUCCAGCAGCAACUCCUUCAGCAUGUCCUGGCUCAAACUCCCGUCAAUUUUGGCGAAAGUUGUACUGGCAGUAGUUCAAAUGCCGGACGACAUUCGCCAACAAAUUCCAUUAGCAGCACUAGUACCUUCGACAUUCCGCCCAAUGCGUCCAUUCUUGCUGAAUAUAGUCGAGAUGUCAAUAAUGGAUUCAGCCCUUCAAGCAGCAGGAGUCCAUCUCCAGGCCUAGACACGGACAGUACGAGGAGUUCAACGAAAAUGACAAAAGUCAGACGAUUAAAGGCACUACCUCAGGAAUUAUUAUUUGGAAGUUCGAAUGAAAAGGACGAUAGCAUGACGAGAUCUUAUCAUCUACAGCAGGAAAGUGGGCGAAGUUUCAUACCAAUUUCCCGUGUGCCAAGUGCUCCAGGAUCACUAAAAGGCCUACAGCCAAAUCCAGCACCACAAUCACUGAGGCCCCCCAUUUCUCCGCUCUUCCCACGGAAAUCCUUUGACACUGGUGCAACACCCCUCUCACCAAGGCUCACGAGGCGCCCAUUUCCCAAUAAGGCGUCACCCGGAUUAGAAGAUAGCGAUGCGUUGCCACCACAAUCACCCCCCGUCUAUCGCCGUAUGGGUUCGCGGGAGGACACGAGUGGAGAUGUCUUUUCGCGCCUGGGAGCUGGAAUGCAGGAUCCACCGCCUGGUGGGAGUAUUCGGGAAUUCAAUGGAAAGCCAAGAGCUAAUGUUCCAUUGCAUUGCACACAUGUGGUGGAAGGACAUACGAAUUCUGUGUUGUCUGUGAGAGUUUGCGACACGACACUGUUCACAGCGGCCGCUGAUCGAACGGUGAAGGUGUGGGAUUUGACCACAGGAACAUCGUCACACUGUCUAUCCGCCCAUCCGGGUCCUGUAAUUGCCGUUGAAUAUGACAGCAAGAAAAAUCUCCUUUUCUCGGCAUCCGGUGGCUUUAUUCGGGCAUGGGAUUUGCGAAUGAGCACAGCUAGACCUGUUAAGACCCUCUGCUCCUCGGGUUCCACAUUGUCCGGUCUUGCUGCCCUCAAUCCCCUUCAGCCUGGCGAAAGUUCCAUCACGGCACUGUGUAUGGGAGCUUCUGGGUCACUGUAUACAGCGGCAUCAGAUAAAGUCCGUAUCUGGGAUAUUCGGCAGUUUUCGUGUACGGGAAAACUGUCCGGAGGUCAUCAGGCGGCUGUGAUGUGUGUCACUGCCUGGAGUGGACCAAAUAAUACGGAUUUUGUGGCUACGGGGUCAAAGGAUCACUAUGUGAAAGUGUUUGAAGUGCCAACAUCUUCAGGGCUCGUUUUGCCACUACUUCAUCUUGAACCACCUCACUAUGAUGGGGUUCAGGCUCUCACAGUUGCCAAUGAUGGAAUUGGAGUUGAUGCAGAAUUAUUUUCCGGAAGUCGAGAUACCGGCAUCAAACGCUGGGACUUGAGAACUGGAGAAUUGAAACAAUCAUUGAAUAAUGCACACAAGGGAUGGGUAUCUGGUAUGGCAAUAUGUGGCGAUGUCCUCCUGUCCAGCUGUCGUGGUGGAAUUGUACGCCUUUGGAGUGUCCGGACGUGUGAUUCACUGGCGGAAAUGAAGACAGAUUCACCCAUUAAUGAUAUCAUUGUGGCCGAUCAGCGCAUUUAUACAGCAUCCAAUGACGGAAAAGUCCGUCUGUGGCGUCUAUCAUCCACGGCAAAGCGUUUUCGGUCGGAAAGUAGCAGAUGACAACAAAUGUCCAGACAUCCUCAGUCAUUUGUGCGACAAAAUAGUAUCAGGGCAGCUGGAUCUAAUGAUGAGGAUUCCAGGAGAAAAAUACCGGUGAGGCCUAAAAUAAUCUCAAGUCAAAAUGCAGGAAAUCACUAUAAAAUGAGCAAUUAUGCUAGUUUUAAAAUAUUGCCUUCGUAAUUUUUUUUUGAGUGUUUCUAUGAGAAACGACAUUAAUGACAAAAGAAUAAUUUCGUAGAGUAUUUUAAUUGAAAAUGUAAUUCGAGACAUGUUGAAAAAAAAUAGUUAUAGAAAUAUUUUCAGUGAGAAUAAGAAAAAAAAUAAUAUAAAUGAUUUUAGAUAUGAGAGAAGGAUAAAGGAAAAUCCUGUUGUUCUUUGCUGUUGGAAAUGCAAGAGGGAAAUGCCAGGGAAAGAACUCUUUAAAAAAAAUAAAAGUGCAAUUUUGCUUUGAUGAAGAAACAAAAAGAGCGCGAGAAGGGGAGAAAGAGGUGGAAAAAGUUUCUCAAAAUUAGCCAAUUCUUUAAAGUCAGGGCCAAUUAAUUAAUAACAAUUAAAAAUUUAAUGAAAACUCCUCCGGUUUUCUUUAGCCGUGAGAAGCCAAUGUGGGUGGAUUUUAAAUCUAAAUUAUGUGUCUGGUUGUUUGCUGUUCCGGCAUUACAAGUUGAGGAAAGGGUGUAUUGUAGAUAAUGGUGUUUUUCACUGGAAUAACCCUGGAGAGGGAUGAAAUGGGUAUAUGGGCAAAAAAAACGUGGGUUGGAAAAUUUUACAUCAACAUUUCACAAUCUACAGGAAAAGUUUUCGUGCGAAAAUGCCAAAAUACUCAAAAUAUGCACAUGUUUUGAUUCAUGAAUAUACAUUUUAUUACCAUUUAAUAAUAUAUACAUAUCUAUAGUAAUUCUAUAUGAUGUAUAUAUUAUCCUUUUUUGCCUGUGGUAUUUGUGUGAAAAUUUAUUUGUAAAUGUAAAACCAAAGGGAAAAGGUGAAAAUACAAAUAAUUUUUUAAUGAAAAAAAAAAAAAGAGUUGCUGAAACUUUUCACCUAAUUGUAUACUAAUUAUUUUCACGCGAGUACCAUAUUAUUAAAUUAUUUCUCUGCAGAAGAACAUUAUAUUAAAAAUAUAGUAAUUUUCCGUUCAAUUUUCCGUGAAUUCGGUAAAUUUUGAAAAUUUCAGUGAGAAAAAAGAUGAAAUUUCAUUGUAAAUUGCUAUUUAAUUUUCACAGAAACUUUAACGGUGAAGAAAAAACUUUAAAUGGGUUAUGGGAAAAAAGAAAAAUUGUUAAUUGGGAAAUAAAUUAGGAAAUGGAUGAAUUUAUUGGGCCCAAAAACAUCUCAGACAAUAUUUGAGUGUAUUUUAAUACAUUACCAAUGAUAAAAGACAAAAUGAUAAGAAAUAACAAAGGCCUUUCUCGAGUUAAUGAGCAAUUGGAGUGUAACAACUGACGGGGGAAAUUUACGAAAAUCCCCAAGAAGUUUUGUUGAACAGUGACGUUUUACACAGAAAUGACAUAACUUAAAAGCACCUUAAGGAAAAUAAUUAUUUUAAAACUUUUUUUUACUCAGCCAAAAAAUUCCUACUGAGUUUGUCAAAAGGAUGUCAGCUGUAAUUUUUUACAAAAAUGGUUUUGACGGGAUCGGGAAUCUUUGUUUUUUCCAUUUUGUUUUUCCCAGUUUGUCUUUGGAAUCUUUGUCUUCGGUAAUUUUUGUUUUUUGGAAACUUUGUCUUUGGAAAUCUUGUCUUUUAUACAUUUUGCACAAUUAUCGGAAAUUUUGUCUGUGACACAUUUUGCACAAGUAUAUUUUAUAACUUUCCAAAAAUUUCCCUUUUCUCACAAAAUUUCCAUUUGCCCCAAAGGACGAAACUAAAAACCUCCCAAAACACAGAAAAUUUCCCUUUGUCCCAAAAAAACAAAACUAAAAAUUUCCCAAAACACAGAAAAUGUCUCUUUGCCCCAAAGGACGAAACUAAAAAUUUCCCAAAACUCAGAAAAUUUACCUUUGUCCCAAAGAACGAAACUAAAAACUUUCCAACACAGAAAAUUUCCCUUUGCCCGAAAUGACGAAAAUAAAAAUUUCCCAAAACACAGAAAAUUUCCCUUUGUCCCAAAGGUCGAAACUAAAAAUUUCCCAAAACACAGAAAAUUUCUCUUUGCCCCAAAGGACGAAAUUAAAAAUUUCCCAAAACACAGAAAAUUUCCCUUCGUCCUAAAGAACAAAACUAAAAAUUUCCCAAAACACAGAAAAUUUCCCUUUGCUCUAAAGGACGAAACUAAAAAUUUCUCAAAACACAAAAAAAUUCCCUUUGCAAUGUGAUUUCAUUAUUUAAUUUAAUAAAAUAUACUUGUUUAAAAUAUAUGAAAGACAAGAUUUCCAAAGACAAAGAUUCCAAAUACAAACUGGAAAAAACAAAAUUAUAAAUAACAAAAUGGAAAAAACGAAGUUCCGCAAACAGAAAUGGACCCAGGAAAAGCACUUCACAAUAAAAAACAGGGGUGAAAUGAUAACUUUGGCUAUCGCUAAUAUCGAUUCGACAUUAUCGAAUCUCUAGUAUCGUUAGAUCCAAGAGAUGAAAAGAGUGUCGGCGCUCUUCUCGCAUUGUCGACUUGUUAUUGUGACACUUUGGGACAGUGAAAUAUAACCUUACUUUCGCCUGUUUUUAUUUUGCAAUCGGAAUUAUUUCAGUGAUUAUUGCUUUAAAAAUUAAAAAAAAGAACCUAGAAGAUCUUUGAAGCUUCCGGAAGAUGUGUAAGCAAACAAAAUCAUUUUUAUAAAAAUCUUUCUAUUUACACCAUUUACACGUAUCUUUAACCUUGCAUUUUUACAAAAUAAGUGACCCUCGAAGACAUGUUGCACUACUGAUACUGAGGAAAUGGUUCCAGGAAUUUCAAGAAUGAUAUCCUUCUCUAUUCCGCGCGAAUUCUUUUUGGAUUGUAGUGUUUAAUAGUCCUCAGGGAAGGGCAGAAGGUCCAAAGGAAAGGUGACGAAUCUGUGGUCAUCUUCGACAACUAAUGAGAUUCUGUUGAAUAUAUUCCAUUUGGCCACAAUGGAUCUAUGAGCAACUUCUUCGUCAACUUCCUGGACACUGCCUUAAAUGUUGUAGCUUUCAUUACCGUGAAUGCUAGUUGCUUCAUUUGAUGAGCCUUUCCAGACCGAUGGAAGGAUAAUUUUGUGGUUGAUUGAACACAGUCAACGGAACACAAUUUUUCGCAUUCAAUUUGGCUAAGAUUAUUUCAAGAAAAUUCCAUAUUUUAUGGUGGGGCCAACAUGAACAAAAUUUCACAAAAACUGUAUUUUUUUAGUGAAAAAAAAUUAAUAAAGAUAAAUGAAAAGUAUUAAAGAAUUAUUUACAUACUAAAAAAAUCAAAAUGUUCAUUAAAUUUCCCUUCGAGAGUGCAAAUCCACCGUUAUAAAGGUGUCGAUAAAUUGGUGGCGAGAAUUAUCGACACUAGCGACAAAAAAUGCAAGUUAUCAUCUCGAUAGUCCAUAAUCGACACUCGACACUAGCGAUGCAUUGCAAUGGGACAGUUAUCAUUUCACCCUAGCUUUGUGAACCACAUUGAGAAUCUUUUAUUAACAUAUUUGACUAAUUUACUCGAAAGAAAAUGGAAAACUUACCUUAAGAAUUGGAGGAAAACACGGAGUAUCAUGGAGAACAUCUUUUCAGCUCGCACAGGAGCGCGCUCUCGCGGUUUACACUCGCACUUUACUUUCCUGUCAACAGUUAAUCGAGAAAACCCGUCAAAAUGCGGUAAAAACAAAUCGAAAAUUCGAUAUGAUACCGAUAAAAUUUUCGAUAAGGAUCGUUGAGUUGAUGGGCUAGAGAUCAAAUUGAUUAAUAAAUCACAAAAGCAAUUAAAAUCAAAGAACUACACUUAAUCGAUUCAUUACCGAUGAAGACUGAUGCAGCCGGGUUUGAAAUUUAAAUACCUUUCAAAAAAAUUCAAAUUUAACCAAAUCGGUUGAGAAAUGAGCCCUCCAAAGUGAUUGAUUUUUGACCUCCGGCCACCUUAAAAUAUCAAAUCACCUUUGUUUGACCUUUAAAUAUCUUUUUUCGUUUCGUUUGUUGAAAAGUAUUUUUUCAGUUUUUGAGGUUAGAAUGUGAUAGAUUAAGAAGCGCAAGGGUAUUUGGAAUUAAAAGAAAAACUUUUCGUUAGGUUUUUGUGCUUAAAUUAAAAUUGGUUAGUUCGUGCUAACCUAAUCAGGUUUUUAGGUAAGCCUUUGAGAAUUCGCAAAGUAAUCUGUUUAAGGUUAAUUAAAUCGAAUAUCACAUAAUUUUAGGUUAUGUUGAAGUUCAUUUGUCGUUUUAAACAAAGCAAAGUAAUAAAAUUGUUUUCCAUUUCUUUAAAAUUUUAUUUUUUGCAAGAAAAGUGUUUUUUCUUUGCAAAUAUUUUGAAGUUUUUAUAGAAAAAAAGUAUACCUUUCGUUUUAGGUUAAGUCAUUUCUGUGUAAAACAACGCAUUUUUCAACCUAACCCUUUGUGUGAUUAAGGAGCUUUCCCCUUAGAAAAGGUCUAAAUGAUGUACUUAAAUCGCUGUAUUUUUAUAAUUAAAAAAAAAAAAAUUCUUGUUCCUCUAAUCUAGCGUAUUUUCUCGAUAAUGUAUUUGUUUUUUUUUCUUUUUUUUUUUAAUUUACACAAAAUAAGAGGCUGUAUAAUUUUCCAAUUGAAUAACUUUUCAAUAUUAGUUCAAGUAUUUAUAAGAUAAAAUCUAAUUUAUAUUUAAGAUUUUUUUAAAUGUAUUUUCUAUAAGAAUUAACUAAAAUGGUUUCCAUAUCCCUGUUUGAGGGAGAGAAAAAGGUAGUUUAGGAAAAAUACAAUAAAGCAAAGCUCAUGUAAGUAUUUUGGGAAAGAAUUGAAAGAAGGAUUUUCUGUGGAACUUUCAAACCCUUUUAGAAAGAAUUUCGUUGUGUAAUCUUUGAAAGCGUCAGCAGUGAUAAAGAGAAAUGCAACUUAUUGUAUUUUCUGCAAUAAAGUUCUAUCUAACUUUAAUGCAUACACUGUGGAAUGUAAUGAAUUUAAUAUAUUUAUCAAAUUUAAUAUGUAAAGGAGAUUAAGAGAAUGAAUUAAAUAAAUUCCAUGCAUUCUCUAACAA